AUGCCAGCUCAUUCUUCCCACAAGCUUCAAUCUUUGGACGUGGGCUGCUUUACGCCUUUAAAAAAGGCGUACGGGAGCUUAGUGGAGCGGAAAGCACGCUUAGGAAUCAAUCAUAUUGAUAAACUUGAUUUCCUAGAGGCCUUUCCACAAGCUCGUGAACGCGCUUUUCAAGCAGAUACAAUUCGGAAUAGCUUCGCAGGCGCUGGCCUUAUUCCAUUUGAUCCAGAUAGGGUGUUCAAUCAGCUGAAUAUUCAACUAAAGACCCCUACACCACCAGGCAGCCGGUCAACCAAUUCAGCCCCAAAAACACCCUACAAUACUAGGCAGCUGGAGAAGCAGGCAUCUACUGUGAAGAAGCUGCUUAAAACGCCUACACACAAGAUUAACCUAGAACUAGACUUCAUGGCUAUCGAUUUCCAGACAGUAGUCCCGAUCCUCCGCAUCUUUGACAUCAUCAAGGCGGACGAGUUCUACCUCCACUAUCUCGGCUUCAAGGUCGACUGGGAUCAUCGGUUCGACGACAACGCGCCGUUAUAUCGCCAGAUUUCCAGGGGAAACCUGAUCCUUCACCUAAGUGAGCAUCACGGGGACGGCAGCCCAGGUGUGCAAGUCCGAAUAAUGAUAAGAGGAAUCGCGGAGUAUCAUCGCGAGCUGCGUGCCAAAGAUUAUCGAUAUAUGAGGCCAGGAAUUGAAGAGGGUCCGGCGGCGGGAUCGAAGGAGAUGAGCGUCAUCGACCCAUUUGGAAACCAAAUAAAGUUCUGCGAGGAUGAUGAUAGGAAACGCAAACCUGGACACGAACACGAGACAGAGUAG